AUGGCAAAGCAUCGUGACCAGGACGCGGCAGCCGCUGCUGCGGCGGUCGCUCCGGGGACUGCUGAGUUUGCCGCGCUCACGGAGGCUGAGGUUGAGCCCAGCGACGUCUUCUUUCACCGCUACUACGCCAACAAGUCUGAAUCCAAAAAGGCAAAGAAGAAGAAGCGCGACGACGACGGGUCAGAUGACGAGGGAUCUGACGACGAAUCCGAGGAGGAUGACGACGCCGCCGCGGAGCGCAAGAAAAAGGCAAAGGCAAAGGCUGGUAUCGAGGGUGUCGAUGAGGACGACGACGAGGAGGAUGACGACGAUGGCGAACGCAUCCAGGUGCAAGUGGACGGAAUCCUGAGCGACAAGACCUUCGACUCCCUCACCCUUUCCAAGCAGACCAUGGCUGGCAUCUCCGAGCUCGGGUACACUCGGAUGACCGAGGUGCAGGCGAGGACCAUCCCGCCCCUCCUCGCUGGCCGCGACGUACUCGGCGCCGCGCGCACGGGCUCCGGUAAGACCCUCGCGUUCCUCAUUCCCUCGGUCGAGCUCCUGUACCACGCCAAGUUCAUGCCCCGCAACGGCACCGGCGUGAUGGUGCUCUCCCCGACGAGAGAGCUCGCACUCCAAAUCUACAACGUCGCACAGCAGCUCAUGAAGAAGCACUCUCAGACGCACGGCCUCAUCAUCGGAGGCGCCAACAGGCGCGCCGAGGCGGAGAAGCUGGUCAAGGGCGUCAACCUCCUGGUCGCAACCCCGGGUAGGCUCCUGGACCACAUGCAGAACACCAAGGGAUUCGCGUUUGGCAGCCUGAAGGUUUUCUGCAUGGAUGAGGCGGACCGCAUGCUCGACAUCGGGUUCGAGGAGGAGAUGCGCACCAUCGUUCGCAUGAUUCCCAAGGACAGGCAGACCAUGCUCUUUAGCGCCACACAGACCACGAAGGUUGAGGACCUCGCGCGUCUCUCCCUCAAGUCGCCCACCUACAUCGGCGUCGACGACGCGAGGGCAGUGAGCACCGCGACUGGCGUCGAGCAGGGGUACUGCGUGGUGCCGAGCGAGAAGAGGUUCCUGCUGUUGUUCACGUUCCUGAAGAAGAACCUGAAGAAGAAGGUGAUGGUGUUCUUCAGCAGCUGCAACAGCGUCAAAUACCACGCCGAGCUGCUCAACUACAUCGACAUUCCCGUCAGCGACAUCCACGGGAAGCAAAAGCAGCAGAGGCGGACGACGACGUUCUUUGAGUUUUGCAAAGCCGACCGCGGCAUCCUUCUGUGCACGGACGUCGCCGCGCGUGGACUCGAUAUCCCCGCCGUUGACUGGAUCAUUCAGUUUGAUCCCCCGGACGAUCCUAAGGAGUACAUUCACAGGGUUGGACGCACCGCGCGUGGCACCGAAGGCAAAGGGCGCGCUCUCCUCUUCCUCAUCCCCGAGGAGCUCGGCUUCCUUAAGUAUCUAAAGGCGGCAAAGGUUCCGCUCAACGAGUACGAGUUUCCCCAGAAGAAGAUCGCGAACGUGCAGUCGCAGCUGGAGAAGCUCGUGGAGAAGAACUACUACCUUCACCAGUCCGCCAGGGACGCGUACAGGAGCUACAUCCUCGCGUACAACUCGCACACGCUCAAGGAUGUCUACAACGUGCACGAGCUCAACCUGAUGUCGGUGGCUCUCUCGUUUGGUUUCCAUCGCCCGCCGAAGGUGCAGCUCAACCUUGACAGCAAGGCGGCGAACGGGAGGAAAAGAAUCGGCGACGGGAAGGGGAUGGAGAGAGCAAAGGGAGGGAGCGACUACCGCAGGCAGAAGGGCACGGGCCACGGCUUUUCUGCUGACAACCCCUACGGAAAGAGGGACUCGUCCGACAGGCGGCAGUUCGUCCGAGGAUGA